UGGUCUCGCAUCAGCUGCAGGUGAUGCCAGCGUGACAGCGUGGAUGAUGAUUGUCCGAUCCGUGACGGCUCAGGUAUAGCUAAUAGAGGCGCGCCGAUGAUGAAGUGCCCUGGAGUGAGUGCUGAAGUGUCGUCUGGAUCGUCUGACAGAGCCUGCAACGGACGAGAAUUAAGACACGCCUCGAUUUGUGUGAGGAGUGUGCUAAGCUCCUCAAAAGUGAGCGUGGUGUCGCCGAUUACUCGGCGGAGGUGAAAUUUCGUGGAUUUCACGGCAGCCUCCCAAAGACCACCGAAGUGAGGGGCCGCUGGCGGAUUAAAAUGCCAGCGGAUCCCUUGAGUGUUGGCGGCGCGGGCGAUGUGAAGGCCCUCGGAGGUCGACGCCUUGAAGAGCUCCCGCAGGGUGCGAUCGGCGCCAACGAAUGUUGUGCCGCAGUCGCUGUAGACGUCCGUACACAGUCCUCUGCGAGAGACGAAGCGGCGUAAGGCGGCGAUGAAGGCCUCGGAGCUGUAAUCCGAGACGACCUCGAGGUGGAUGGCCUUCGACCAAAAGCAGACGAAGACCGCGAUGUAUCCUUUCUGUGAGCGGUGUCCGCGUCCUUUGCUGGUCCGGAUGGAAAUUGGUCCCGCGUAGUCCAGUCCAGUGCUCAAGAAAGGUCGAGUUGGCGUCACUCGGUCCCGAGGAAGGUGGCCCAUUGGAGGCUGUGGCGUGGCAGCGCGCCAGCGAGUGCAAGUGACGCACCGAUGCAGUUGCUGCUUGACGACGGUCCUUCCGCGUGGUACCCAGAAUCGAAGGCGAAGCAGACCGAGUGUCAUCUGGACGCCGCCGUGCAGAGAGCGACGAUGGCAGGACUCGAUCAGCAGUCGCGUCAUCCAGGAGGCCGGCGGUAUGAUCACCGGGUGCUUCUCGUCGUAGGGCAGCAGUGCGUGUUUGAGACGUCCUCCAACGCGCAGUACACCUUGGUCGUCGAUGAACGGAUUCAGCUUGAUCAGUGAACUGCGUGGUGGGCCGGAGCGUCCUGCGGUGGCAGCAGCUAUCUCGUCCGGGAAGUGGAGCGCCUGUACUACUCGAAGCCACUGGAGUAGGGCGGCGUCCAGCUCGUCGGGGUGUAGUGGACAACCAGGUGUGACCUCCCGGCUCGCCACGUUGAGCCAUCGACGACACCAAGCCGUAACGCGUAGCAGCCGAUGAAGCGCAGAGAACCGAAGAAGGAUGUCCGGUUCGACGACGACGGAGCCCUUGGUCAUCAGGCUGGUGGUGCGCUGUUCAGGAAGGUCAUCCUCUGCGAUGUGGACCUCUGAGCUGGGCCAUGCUGUCUCGUCCAGUGCCAACCAGUCUGCAGGAUUAUUCUUCCCGGCUACGUGUCUCCAUCGAGCGUCCGGGAGCUGUGUCUGGAUAUGAGCUACCCGGUUGGCGACGAAAGUUUUCCAGCGAGUGGCGUGUCCCUGGAUCCAAUGAAGCGUGACCUGGGAAUCGGACCACAGAUAUACUGGAGUAGUUGCCAAGCCGAGAAUGUCGCGGACAUGCAGCGUGAGCGUGUGGUGCGGAGGUAGACUACUGCGGCGUAUCCUCGUUCGGAAGCAUCAGCAAAACCGUGGAGCUGCAACCUCGAGUGAUCGUUGUCGGUGCUGAGCCAGCGAUUCACGCGUAUGUGCCUGAGCAGCGGCAACUGAUCCAACAGCUGUUGCCAAUGUCGAGCAUCCUUGGCCGGCAGUGGAGCGUCCCAAUCAAGUUGCUGAAGCCAGGUGCUUUGGAUUAGGAUCUUCGCCCGAAUGACGACAGGCGCGAGCCAGCCCAUCGGGUCGAAUAGGCGUGCAGUUUCGGAGAGGACUCGUCGCUUCGUGAAUUUGCUGACUGGCCGAGGAUGUAUUGCGAAGGCAAACCGGUCAUCUUGAGGACGCCAUCGCAGGCCCAAUGUCGAAUGGCUCUCUCCUUCCCAGGAAUGUGGUCCUUGCUGCAGCCGAUGCUCCUGUGGGACUCCUGUGAGGACCUCUGGAUGGUUCGAGGCCCACUUCCUCAGUGGAAAUCCGCCCGCCAUGCAGAGGUUGCGCAGCUCCGUCUGGAGGUUGACGGCAUCGUCGAGGUUGUCCGCGCCGGUGACCACGUCGUCGACGUAGCAAUCAAGCCGAAGUACUGUGGCACCUUGAGGAAACUGCGCUCCCUCGUCCGCACAAAGUUGUUGCAGAGUUCGGAUGGCCAGGAACGGUGCACACGCCAUGCCGUAGGUCACCGUCUGCAGCUCGUACUCUCCGAUCUCGUCCGUCUUGUUGUGACGCCACAAGAUUGUUUGGAGACGGCAGUCCUCAGGAUGUACGAGGAUUUGGCGGUACAUCUUCUCGAUGUCGGUGACGAAGACGUACCGGUGCCAACGCCAUCGCAGCAACACGUCGGUGAGCGCUGGCAGAAGGUUUGCCCCAGUCAGCAGCUGCGAGUUGAGCGAAGUACCGGCCCGUGUGCGCUGAGAGCCGUUGAACACGACUCGGAGCUUUGUCGUCGUGCUCGAUUCCUUCAGGACCCCGUGAUGCGGUCCUCGUAUUCCUGCAUGAAGCCGUGAUAGAGGUCGCCAAAGCGAAGAUCUCGGCUGCCCUUGGUCUCCAUGGCUUUCAGUAGGUGCUCCGCUGGGCGGCGAGUAUCCUGAAGAGUCGUCGGCGGCGAUGAGAAGGGCAGCCUCACCAUGUAUC